AUGAGUUUACAAGACGCAGUUAUGGAAAGCGAAAUCUCAGAAAACGAGCAGUCAAAUAUUCAUGACGAUGCGCAGCACUUAAGUGAAGUUAUAAAGCAAGAGCGCUUUGAAACCGCAAAAUCAUUGAAACGUGAAAUAUGCAUCCAAUGCCAUGAUAAAAUUCGUUUUGAUAAUUGGCUAAAAUGCUUGGAACUGCGAUAUUGGAUUGACUUCGGGAAUCAGGAUGAGUACAAC